CCAUCAACUAUCCAACAUGGCGUCGUCUAUGGAAGUUCAACCUUCCUCAUCAAAAGAUGUAUCCGAUACUGUUUUGGCAAGUUCUGGUUCCAGUGGAAGCGUAUCUGUGGCUCUUCAUCCUCUCGUCAUCAUGAAUAUUUCUGAACAUUAUACUAGGAUAAAAGCACAGUAUGGAAAACCGAAUCCUCAAGGUAGGUUUAAUAAGGAUUGUUUCAGUUACGAUUAAGCUUAUAUUUGCGACACCCAGUAGAGGUAUUUCCGACGUAGCUUGUUCUCACUUAAUUUCGCGAGCAUUUGAUUUUGCAAUAUUUUAGGGAAAGGUAGAAUUAACGUGUAGUAAAUUUCGCGAUUUUUCUAUUCUUUUAUAUGUAAAGGUAACUUGACCUCAGAACAGUAACAACGUAACAGAAUUAAUAAUUUUAUCGUAAACAACAGCAAACAAAGACAAUUAAAAACAAACGUUUGACGACUGCACCAGCGAGAUUUUGAAGAAUCUAGCAGCAGAGAACAGUUCGGAAAGCGAGGGUGAUGCGGUGAAAGGCUAAUGGCCGAAAUCAAACAAAAAACUCCUGAACUUGAAACUGAAACAUGUUGGCAUAACUAAUAAAGCAGCGGCUUGGAUUUCGUUAUUUAUGGAUGCAUAUAUCUGAUAUUAAAUUUCACGAUUUUAAUCUUCUGAGUAUCAGAUUUCGCAAGUAUUAUAUUUUGCGGUUUUUCCUAAAAUUAUCCCGAAAAUGACAAAAUAGGGCCAUUUAUGCGAGGAAAAAUAAGACGCGUCUUACAUAAGACGCGUCUUAAAUAAGACGUGAACUUUCCGUAUAAACGGCACAUUUCGUCUAAAAUAAGACGCGGCUUAGCUAAGACGCGUCUUAUUAGAUAAGACAUGCUCGUAUAAAUGAUACAGUUCGCGUCUUAUUUAAGACGCGUCUUAUGUAAGACACGUCUUAUUUUUUCUCGUAUAAAUGGCCCUAAUGUAAUAUUUGGAAAAGUAAGUGAGAAAUAGGCAAAUUGAAGUCACGACGAUCACUAUUGAUGAAAUGACCAUCUUGAAGAUUAUAGGGAGGAUUGCACUGCCAUUCCAAUCAAGUUUGACAAAGUAAUGGCUAUGGCAUGAUUGCAAAGGAAUCUGCCAAUAACUGUGCUGAAUGUACAGUUUUUGUCUUGCUUAUUAAACCUGUUCCUUUUCUAUUUUCUCAUUUCCUUCAUUGUCAUUGUGGUUUCUCGAGCUCGCUAAACAAUUCUUAGUAUGCGACGACUUUGUUGAAAAACCGAUCAUUUGAUGCAAAACGGGCAACAAAAUUAUGCCCCAAGUACCCAUAGAGAGGCUCAUACAUGUAUGUGGAUGGAUGUAAACUAAACGUCUAAUUUAAACAUUAUUGCUGAUAAAAGUGGGUGAAAGUAGGUGAAAGUUAAAAGCUCUUACAAUAUGCUGGACGUUGAAUUUCCAAUAUAUGUUUUAUAAAACAUUGCUCAUUAUUAUCAUUUAACAAUACGUUUAAUGCGUUUGUUGAGUUAUGAAGCACUAGCAAAAUUUGUAGAGCACGAAAGAGGGGUAAGAGUUGCUCCAGGCUUAGAUGAGAACAACUCUAGCCUCAUUGAGAGAACGAAACGAAACAAAGACACUUAAGAAAACAUUAUAAAGUGUUUUAGAAUCCAUAUUGAUUCGGAAAACUAUAGAUUCACUGAAAAAUUCUUCUUGAACAAAAAAACUUUGCAAAGAAUGAUUUGCACACACCAUAGCUCACCCAGAUGACAACAACAACACUCACCCGCUCCCCUGUGAUCUGAUAACAAAUUCAAAGGCAUUUCUUUUUAGAUUACAUAAUUUAUAAAACACAAUCAUGGUAAAUGCUUCAUCGUGUUGUAUUGAGUUAUGGGUGCACUUGCGAGGAUUGCUAAACCCACAAAAACAUGAGGUUUUGGUUGGUUGAUGUCAUCAGCAUGCUCGAUGGGAAUAUGAAGCACAUUUGCACUAUUAAAUUUGAUUAGGCCAGUCUUCUAGCUAUGUUAUGAUUAUUAUGUAUAAUUGUUUGAAAUUGCUGUAAUUGUUUAUCACUUUUAGUGAUUGGAGCUCUUCUCGGAACUCAGGAUGGACGAAAAAUAGAAAUUUUCAAUUCCUUUGAGCUGCAAUUUGAUCUGUUUGAUGAUGGUCAAAUUGUGAUUAACAUGGAGUAUUAUAAGACUAAAGAAGAACAGUGUAAGUUUGUCAUACUUUAUUAUAGGAAAUUUAUGCUCAAUGAAUUAAUUAACCCUUUAAGUCCCAAUAGUGACCUAGAUCCAUUUUCUCCUAACAAUAAUGCAAAUAUUGUCAACAGAUAAGUUAUGAGAAUUAUUAAAAUGAUCACCCAAGUAAAAAUGCCUUGAUCAUUUAUCAAAUUCUCUUAACUCACUCUGUAAGGAAAUGUAUAGAGAUCAGUUUGGAGAAUUUGUAUGUAGAUACUGGGGCUUAAAGGGUUAAGGUAUUGAAAAUUAACACAACUUAGAGGGCUUUUGUUACUUAUAAGGGAUUGCCACUCCAUAGAGCAAAAAAAGUAGGUCUGCAAGAAAAAUGACAAAUUUAAUACAACAAAAAAAUCAUGUCACAUGUUCGACAGCAGAGACCAAAAAAGUGCAAAUAUUGGUCAUUUCUGGAUGCAUCUUUUAGCCACAAAUGAUGAAUAUCGUAGUUAGGACAUUUCUUAGUAAUUUUUGGAUGUUAACCAGUUUACUGUAGAUUCAAGCAGGAAUACUACAGAAAAUGAGCAAAAAAAGGUUAUGUUUUUUGCCUUGUUCUACACUCUACAUUUGGCUUAAUAUAGAUUCGUCAUGUUGCCAUGUAAUCUCAUCAGUCUUCUCAAUAUGCAUUCAGUUACAUGUACAUGUGGUUUUUUUCCUCUAUAAAGUGACAGUCCCCUAAAGUUACGAAAGCCACUCAAGUUGAUGUAACACAAGACGAUUAGCAAUGACGGUUUUUAGCUUAAGAAAGCAUUGCAACACUGUUGUGACAUUAAUUUUGUUUGAAUAGCUACAACAUUGUUCCAACAUUGCAACGCUGUGUUGCACUAAAAACCAUCAUUGCAAAUCAUCCCAUGUAAAAUCGCCUUUAAAGGGGUUUUGUCAUGGCUGACUGUUUGAUUUUGUUAAUAAAAACUUCUAUGCUUCGUUUUUUGCUAUGAAACCUGAGAAAUUUCUUUUGAAUGACAAAAUUACAGUUUCAUCUCUUACAAACAUGUCUCCCAAACAUUAUAUCAAACAUUAAAAACAACAAUCUGUUUUAAUCUUCUUCAAGUUGGUCCAUCUGUGCCUCGUUUUGAAUUCAUACAUUUUGAACAGUUAUUUUAUAUGAACGUUCAGUUUGGUAGCUGAGCUCCCACUGUUUGAAUUGUGGUAAAUUUUGUGACACAACUCUCAUCAUUUUAAUGCAAAUUUAGUGGAAAAUGACUUUUGAAUAAAGGAAAUUAAUGCAAUAUUAAAGACAGGGUGUGUGUGUUCUGCACACAGGCAGGUCCGUAAGGGCUGCCGUCCUUUACUCUAUCCAGCAUUCCCACUUGAGGUCUUUCAGGUGGUCUCUUUCCUAUUAUUCUUCCCUCAAUAACUCAUCGGACAGGAUCACCAUGUCAUAGGGUAUGACUAAGCCAGGCUAUCUGUCUUCUGUUGAUAGCAGAUAUGGUGGCCCUCUCCUCACCAACAAAGAGAGAGUAAUGUUUCAAAACGAGAGAAAUUAACAGAAUGUUGGUAAAGAAAGAAGACUUGUUGAGAUAACAGGAACAAAGUUUAUAAUCCAAAAUGGAAACUUUGUUUGUGGUACUUUCCCUAAACGUGUGAAGAGAGUCAAGCAAAGAAAUCUAGCCACUUGUCAAGUGAAUUUAGGGCAGAAUCUCCUUUGGCCUAUUUUGUUGACAUGGAUUUGUAUUCUUCCCUCUUUUGCUCUGAAAACAUUGCAUAUUUUUGUAGCAAGAGCUCUUACUUGGUUUAAAUUUUUAAAUAAGUAUGAAAAGGUUUUAUUUUGAUUGAAAUGAAAGGGGCAACAAAGUUCCCCAAGCUAUCCAUGCUAGGUAACUCAAAAUAAUUAUUGCCUAUGGAUGGAUUCACUUGUUUUUCUUUCCACCAAGUCAAUAAGGAAAGCUGUAGUUGUCUUUUUCCAAGUAAUUGAAUUUUUUUCUUCUUGUUGCCAUGAUCCUGCCAUAAGUGAACCUCUGCCAUUUUAAGAAAAUGAACCACUCACAAACCACAACUCUUUGAUUUGCCAACAAAAGGCCAUAUUUGUUUUAGUUAUUCUGUGAAUUCAGUUAUAAGAUGCAGGGCAAACUUUUAAACAAGAUUUUGUCAAGGUAACAAACUGAAAAAUAAGCUUGUACCUGGUUGUUAGGUGCAACUGCAAUUUUUGGUGAUGUUCAAUAAAUUAAACUAUAAUAACAUGCCUCCCAAUGUUCCUAAUAGUGGAACCCAAAACACGUUUUUUAAUCUAUUUACCUAAUCAACUUAGCUGAUAAAUCCAAAUUUUCUUAUAAAAUAACUAAGAUGGUACGUGCGCUCUGAUUGGCUGAGAGAAGUGUUUGCAUGAGAGUAUGUAAACAUGGUUGUGGCAUCAAGAUGUUUUGCUUUUCCCGCGCCAAUCACGCAAGCAUAAAUUUGAAAAAGUUUUCAUGUUCAAAACUCGACAAGUUUACUUUAUUUACCCAUUCCUUCGUCAGCUGAAACUUGGAAAAUCGUUGCGAAGAAAGUAUGUCAAUCUUUUUUCGCUUUAGCUGACAUUUUAAGCGAGAAAAGUCCGUAUUUUGGAAAGCAUCUUUUUGCAAAACAAGAACUGAUUACGCGUGCAAGACUUCGUGGACAAGACUUUGCGACUGGUAAGAAUUUCCAUUUUAAUCAGUGCCAUACAAAGAGUUUUGCGUUUUUUCUUGGGAAAUUUAUUUUAUAAAAGCAAUAGAAAACGUUUUUCCUGUGUUUGCAUAGCCUGAUAUAAACGCUCCAGGCAUUGGGAGAAUUCUCGACAGUUAUGCAAACCCUCGACUUCGUCUUGGGUUUGCAUAACUGUCUUGAAUUCUCCCAACCCCUCUCGUGUUUAUAUCAGGCUAUACAAACACGGAAAACGUUUUCUAUUGCUUAAAUAUUUUAUCCCUUUAAAUAACUAAACUCUUGAGUGAGUGAUCGAAUUGUCACUGCAUUGUUAUUGCUUGUGAUGUCAGAAGCGGCACAAGGAAUGUUGAUCCACACAGGCAAUUGUGGGCAGUUGAAGAGCGAAUAGGUUUAAAUUAAAUGGGUGUUACUUAUUUGUUUUUUUUAUUAUUAUUAUUUUAAUUUAUAGUUCAUCAGGUGUUUAAGAAUCUGGAUUUCCUUGGUUGGUAUACGACAGGGUCUGAACCCACUGAAAAUGACAUCAAAGUACACAAACAGGUUUGUUUUGUGUAGCUUCUGUCACAGACAUAAUGUAAUCUAACGCUGGCACAUAAUUAUACUAUGUGCUUAGCAGUGGUAAGUUCUUUGUUCUGGGCCCCUAAAGGUUUCAUUGAAUUACUAAAAGUGUAUUCCGAAUUUCCUUCAACUUGAUUGGCCAAUCGAAUAAUGCCUUUUUGACAGGCUAACCAUGGUGUGUGUGUACUCGUCAAAUCCUGGUACUCAGCUGGUGGCCAAGAACAGGGAUUUCUGUGCUCGCCCACAGACAAACUUAACCAAAAGUUUGGUUUCGUCUGUGUUGCAGUCUAGUUUUGUGAAGAUGAUUGACUGUUGAUCUUUUGAAGUUGUUAUGUUUCUACUUUCUCAAACUUUGUGAAAUGUCAUUUUUCUUCAGAUGUGUGAGAUAAAUGAAAGUCCAUUGUUUCUGAAACUUAAUCCACUUGCAAAGACAAAUGAUGUAAGUUCUGAUUAUUGUUUUUGUUGUUUAACAUAUACUACGUUGUACUCAUCAAUUUUUGCUUUUACUCCACUGAGAUCACUUAUUUGAUGUUAUUUUAGUUACAAAGAAUUUAAAACAAGUCGCAUGUUGGAGUAAUGUUUUGGUACACUAUAAAAAAUAUGGUUUGAUGAUUUUGUUUUAAUUUGGUUGCCACCUUAAACUGGAAUUUUUUUAUUAUUUUAAAGUGAGAACAAUACUUCCUGCUUUUUGACACGUUGAGCAAAUGAGUAGACAUCUUUUUAACUUGGUUGUAAUUUCAACAAUUUUGUUUCAGUUACCAAUCAGUUUGUUUGAAUCUGUGAUAGACAUUGUUGAUGGAGCAGUAAGUAGUUACUAUUUAACCCUUUAGUCCCAAUAGGGACCAAGAUCAAUUUUCUCCUAACAAUAUCCAUACACUAUCAAGAGAUACGUCAUGAGAAUUAAUAAAAUGAUCACCAAAGAGAAAAUACCUUGAUCUAUCAUCAAAUUCUCUCAACUAAUUCUUUAUGGAAAUGUAUGGAGGUCAGUUUGCAGAAUUUGUAUGUAGAUACCGGGGCUUAAAGGGUUAACAAAUCGACCACAAUUUUCCAUGGUCUACACUUUUAUAGACUAUAGAAAUGACGUCAUAAAAUGGUCAAAACUCAAGUGGAACCAUGAGCCGCAGGCGAGAGGUUUCACUGCAAAGUCUUGAACAUUAAUUUUUAUGGCAUCAUUUCUAUGGUCUAUAAGAGUGUAGACCAUGGAAAAUUGUGGUCGAUUUGUUUUUUACACUGACAUUUAUUUUUACGAAAAACCAAGAACAAAACAACCGGUGCUGUGUGACAUGUUAUAUCAUGUCCAUGGUCUUUAUUCUCAUAGACCAUAGCUCUUGACCAAUCAGCGCCUGAGGAUUCGCUCAGUUAUUGUAAUGUAUAACACUGAGCUUAAUUAAUUCAGUAUGAGUGUCAGUGCAAACAUAAGGGGCUUGUGUCAAAUGCAAACAUUAUAAUAAAUGCUAUUUAACAGCUAUUUUCAGAGGUGACAAGCUAUUUCUCUUAAAUGUACAGCAUACCAUUCUAAUGUAGUUUCUUUAUUAAAUCUUCAGGCACGUAUGUUGUUUGUGCAAACUCACUACACAUUAGCUACAGAAGAAGCUGAAAGAAUUGGAGUAGAUCAUGUGGCAAGGUUAUCCAAUACAGGGACAGUUGAUACUUCAACAGGUUGUAUAUAAUAAUUUUUUAUUAAUUUUUGUAGUGGUGUAUCAAAACAGUUCUCUGUGGCUGGUCUUAUUUUGAUUAAAUUUCAACCCUGUUCACCUUGGAGUCUGUAGUAGCUCUGAGGUUAUUAAUGAUAAGUUGUAGUGUCAUGAGUUUGAUUCCCACAUGGAGCUCAGAAUUUUCUCUGAGCUUUCUCGUGUUAGAUUUCGCUUUCUUUCAAAAAAUAUUCUCGAUUGUGGGACCACAUUCUCACUGCAUUUCCAUGGACCAUCAUUGGGAUAACACAAAAUAAUCAGGGUCUUCUGGAACCAUGCACUUCUUCAGUUCACUGCAUACAUUGUUAAAAUGCUGUAAGCAGGUACCUUUUGUAAGCGGACGUGGAUAUUCUUCAGGGAAUGUAGAACUAAACCAACUGGCCUUAAGUGGGCAGUAAAGAGAGUCAAGACUAUGUGUUAUCCACUGCAAAAAAGCCCCUAAAUAAAAAAUAAGCUCUAGCAAGUAAAUGUCACAGACUUUUGAGUACAGCAUAGGGCUGCAAAUAGUAAUAUUAUGGGUGACUGGAGCUGAUCAAUACAGCCACAGUGAUAACACUACAGACAUAAACUAAACCUUCAUUUUUCUGUCCGACAUUGUUCAUAUCUUUUCACAGUUUCUGAGCAUCUUCUUGCCCAGUACAAUGCCAUCAAGAUGCUUCAUUCAAGAGUUAAGAUGAUUUUAGAAUAUGCCAAAGCUGUAAAAAAUGGUGAGCAAACAUGUAAAAUCUUAGGGGGAGGGGGUAUUCAACAAAAUUUUAUGUUGGGAGGCUCUGCCCGAGAUUUAAUCACUUGCCCGUAGUAUAUACUAUUUUUUGACAAAAAAAGUACCCCUUUCAUUUACCUUUCGUUGACAAAAUACCCCUGUCACAUACUAGUUUAGAACACUGCAUUUCUUUUAUCACCAUCAUCAUCAUCAGGGUUUGUAUUCACUCUUGACAGAGGAACUCCUCCCUGGAUUGAUCCCACACGUGUCUGUGCUUGGCUACACUUGACCAUACCGGUCCAAACUGGAUGACCCUGUUUUCUGGUCCAAUUUCUUGGGGUCCACUCUGUUGGUCUGAUGGUCCAAUGGUUAUCAGAUAGCCAUGCGAUGUGACCUGCCCGUAUAUACUUUGCUUUCCUGAUAGUGUUGAUGAUACUGCUUAUGCCAGUUUCUUGUUGUUUCUUGUUGUCUUUAAAAUAUGAAUUAAUUACUUAACCGUGAAGUUUUCUUGUCUUUUCCACAGCCAUAAAAUAUGUCUGCUAGCUCUUUGAGGUCCUUUCACAGACUGCAAUGACAGAUUUCCCUACCCUUUCAUAUACUUCAACUAGUGAAAUCCCUACCCUCUCAUAUACCUGAAGAAGGGGCUGUGUCACAGCAGUCCAGUUCAUUUUGUUUAAUUUUGCCAAUUACUGGCCCUCAGUCGCGAUGAAAAUUAAAGUAAGCAAAGAAAUUACAGGUAUAUGACAAAAUCAGAGAUCCGAGACAAACAAAUAUGUCUCCUGAGCAUUAUUUUUGAAGUUGCAAGCGGCAGGGAUCAACUUUGAAAAACUGUUGGGCUGAACAGUUUUCAAAAAAUUCUAAUUUCAAUCCGUUUCAAUCUUCUUCAGUUUUGCCCAUCCGUGGCAUCUGUUGUUUCUGUUAUGUUAUUUUAACCUUCCUUUAAAGUUUUAAGCAGUUAUUUUUAUGUUUCUCUUAAUCUAACAGGCAUUUUGUAAUUUCCUAAUUUGGCUGAAUUUCGUGACACAGCUCCUUUAAUGAGUUUUUAUUUUCAUUAUAAUUAAUCCAGGAGAAGUUCCUUGUAACCAUGAGAUAAUGAGGGAUACAUUGAGUUUAAUCCAGAGGCUUCCAGUCAUGCAGACAGAUGUAUUUAGAGAAGACUUUUACAAUGUAAGUGUCACCUGAUUUUCACUCCAUGUGUAGCCCUCAAACAGAGGCUCUGUUUGGCGAGCAGCACCAAAAAAUGGAGGGAGCUUGCUCGCAGGCUAAUUCAAGCAGUCAUGGAGACUAGACUCCAGAUUGUCCUUUGUAUUCUCAUCAGAGGUGUUUCCAUGAUGCUGUCAUUAUCAUUGUUGUUACUAAGAUUUCAAGUUGCCAGGUGUAUGCAAUGAGUUUCUUUUGGUUCUAUCACAGACCUAGUCUCCUUCGUAGCCGCUCGGUCCGCAGUCACGCAAUGCUCCCCGCCCACUCCCCGACCCCACAGAGACUAUAACAGGUGUCCCAAGCUCACGUUAAAAGUGUGGAAUGUAAAUUUACUUUCUCCAGGAGCCAGAUUACUCGGCUCCUGCUUUCUCGCAACAGAGUCGGGGGCCUUUAGAAAGUAAAAUUAGUUGCAUUUCUGAACACAGCAGCUGUAGUGUGCCAUGUGCUGACCUUGAAGCUGUCCCUCUAAACGAUCUCAAGAGGCUUUGUGGUCGUGUAUCAUAACCAUUUUUUUACUCAUCUAGAACAUGCCGCCCAAAUCAGUGUACCUAAAAUAAAUUGGUCUCAUAUCUCUUUUCCAGCAAUGUAAUGAUGUCAUGUUGAUGUGCUAUUUGUCCACAAUAACAAAAGGUGCCAACAGCUUGAAUGAGGUAUGUUUAUUUUAUUUACAUCCAUUUCCUAAAAUAGAAGAACAUAUGACAUAAAGGUGUAAUUUCAUUCUCCAUGUUGUUUAGUUUCAUCCGGAAGUGAGGGCGUUUCCGUUUUAAUAUGCCUGGAAGCUCCCAAAUUUGUAUUGCCAAGUGCAUUUACUCCUAUGGAGACGUAGUCUCCCUCGCAGCCGCUUUUGUUUUGAGAGGGGCGUUGCGUGACGAGACAAAAACGGCUGCGAUGGAGACUAACAGAGACGAUCAGGCCGAAAAUUUGGUUAAACUCACUGCCUAAGAAUGCAAAAGCUCACUUCCAGUUGAUGUGUGUUACUUAGAAACGUCUUAGCUAAAGGCCUUUAUGAUCACAUGGCCUUAACUUGGGGAAGAUUUACUAGCAACGUAUGCGAAAAAGCAUCACAUUUACCUGCUGAAAUUAUUUUUCAUGGCUUUUAAGCUAAAAAAAUCUUAUAGGAAACUGUCACGCAAGGUUAGCCAUUUUCUUUCUCCUGGCAUCCUAUUGCGAAAGUUCUCUAAUGUUUCAUUUCCUUUUGUGUAAUCGGUUCUAUUGAUCUAUUUCUAAGGCAAGAAACGGGAAAUGGAGAAAUGGAAAAGGAAACGGGAAAUUGAAAGCAGAGAAUGAGUAAUGGAUGGUGAAAGGGUUGGGGUUGUUUUUCUCCAUGUUCCUUAUUCCUGAGAGUGAUCAGCAUCAAAUUUCUUCUUGUAAUACCAACGCUUUGUGAAACAGAGUGGUCAUGAGAAUUAAGGACAUGAUCACACAAGGUGAAUUUGCUCGAUAUUUUAUCAACUUCUCCUCACUACUUCUGUAGAAAAUGAACAGGGGUAACAAAUGACAAUUCAAAUUUUGAUCUUGGGGUUUUUAUUCCCCGUUCCUGUUCCCAUCACCCUUUUAGUAACAUCCAUUGUGUCAUUCUUCGAGCAGCCUCUCUGUCCAUCAAGCGAAAUGAGCGAGAAAAGAAAAAAGCCACGCCGGCAGCUGGAGGCACGAUGAAGAGGACCCGCUCUUAUCCCGGGGCUUCGCGAUCAUGUCUCGCAUGCUACUCGUUACUUACUGUGAAGAAAUAUAAGAGGCUGCUCGUAGUUUUGAACUCUUAAGUUAGAGCUACAUAUCUUACGUCUGCCAGUGCCUUUGGGUUCAGUUGAUGUAGAUGAUAAUCUUUGUGAUAUUCAGUGCAUCGUUAAGUCAUUAUCAAUUUUAAUGAGCUUAAAAAUUCUUUUUUUUCAGUUUAUCAACAAGUUUAAUGUGGUCUAUGACCGAGGAAUGGGCCGAAGAAUGAGAGGAACCUUGUUUUAGUAUCCAAAAUCAUUUUCUUGGCAUUCGUUAUAGUUCUGUUUCACCAACAUUGAGAGCAACUAUGAACUGCUUGCUUGCUUGCUUAAUGUAAACAUUAGAGUUUGGUUCUGUUUGUCUGCUGGUUACAGGCUGUCAAUUGUAGCCCUCUGUUAAAUUAGGCUUUAAGGGCAUCUUGUCAACUCUAACGUACUCUAACUGAGCUCAUCUUCAUCUUUAUCAUCAUCAUCAUCAUUAUCAUCAUCAUCACCACCAUCAUCGUCAUCAUCAUUAUCAUCAUCAUCAUCAUCAUCACCACCAUCAUCAUCAUCAUCAUCACCACCAUCAUCGUCAUCAUCAUCACCACCAUCAUCAUCAUCAUCAUCACCACCAUCAUCAUCAUCAUCACCACCAUCAUCGUCAUCAUCAUCGCCACCAUCAUCAUCAUCAUCAUUAUCUCCAGCGUCGUUUUCUUCACCACUGCCGUCUUCGUCAUCAUCAUCACCAUCAUCGUCCAACGUCGUCCCCAGGGCGCUUUUCCCUGGCUUUGCAGGUGGGGUCGGAGCCACUAGAUGGAUGUAAGGAUUUGUAACCCCAAGACGUAGGGAUUUACAACCCCUGGAUGGAAGGUUUUGCAACCCUGGAUGUAAGACUUUACAACUCUGAUAUAAGACCCCUGGAUGUAAGACUUUUCAAACCCUGGUUGUAAUGCACCAUUCAGUUCUUUUCAAUAAACAUCCAUUUA